CCCAUCCUCUUUAAGUUCAGAAACCCAGUUUUCUCUACCUCAACUCCUGUGUUCUUAAGGCACAUCCCAUUGUCUUCCCCUCCCCAGCCCUAGGUUUCCUUACCCAGAGAAUAAUGCUCUAGAAUAGUGCAAUCCCUUGGGAGUUGCCUAAGAUUUUAUUGGAAGAUAAUAAACACACUCUCCUGGGUGUGGGCCACCCACCUGAGUGAGGCAAUGGUCCAUUAAGCAGAGAGAGAACAUGGCCCAAAUGCCUGGGAGGAGCCAGACUGAGCCUUAUAAAGGGACCAGUCUUUGCCCAGAUGCACAGCACACUCACCUUCUCCUCAGUGACACCUCGUCAGCUCCGCUUCCUUGAAAUCCAAGAUGGGCCAUACUCAAGCUGAAGUGGCUAUGAUGGACUUGGUUGACCAGUUUCACAGAUACACCAAACCCGAUGACAAGAUUAACAAGAAGGGCCUGCUGAGGAUGCUGAGGGAGAAUUACCCUCACUUCAUCAAUGCUUGUGAAAAAAGGGGCGUAGAUUUCUUGGGGGAUAUCUUUGAGAACAAGGACAAGAACAUGGAUAAGAAGAUCUCGUUUAUUGAGUUUCUAUCGGUGUUGGGAGUCCUAGCUGUGGACUACCACGAUAAUAGCCACGGAGCCCCACUCUGUUCUGGUGGGGAGGACAAUGAGCCCAGCCCAGCCUGAGGCCUCCAGAAACCACAAGAAACAAUAAAGUGUGUCUUUUGCCCAGAUA